AAACUAACUUUUUGCAUUCAUGUUUGAUUUGUUCGGAGCAGUUGCUCAACCCGUGUGGCACAGUAUAAUGAAAUAACCUGGCACAUGCACACUGCAACUGUUUGGCUAUUACGCAAGACGCAACAGCUUCAGUCACCUUUUACAGAGCGUCUGUUUCUUCUUGACUUGUCAGUAGAUGAGGGGUUUCUUCAUGAAACUCAAACAGUAGAGCCUGAGGUGCACAACACAUUGCUGACUUCAAUCGGUACUAAGAUUUAGGCUUCAAGUUAAGUUUCAAGUCAAAUUUUAAUACUGUUCUGUGUGUUUUUACUCUACUGAUCUCAAUGAACUUUGACCUUAAAACUCCAAUGGAUCAAAGGGCUGAAAAUGAAAUGUUAUUGUUUGUAUGCUUAAUCCACACCACCUCUAUAUUUUAUGGUGUUGUGAGCUACAUCUUUUCCAUUAAUUAAGCUAGGAAAAAAAGAGUCAAUUGUUGGUGAAUCAAACUCUUCCUAUCGCCAAUUUAAAUAAAAACUCCCCUUCGGUUUCAGGUGAGUGGGUUGCAACAUUUUAGGACUCACAUAUACUGUCGUCACUGCCUAACGUAUCAGAUUGUGUGUGCACGAAGGUUUGGACUAUCAUUCAUUAAGGGGAUCACCAUCCCUCCCUCCUUUGCUGGAAUUGAUGAGUCACAACACGUCUUGUUUAGCAGGUGGACAGUCAUGUUUUCCGACAUAAUGGCCAAGAACGAGGCUUCCUCUCUGCUCUGCCGCCCUGCCUCCGAGGACCAGGGGCCGGUGUUCGAGAGGAUGUCGCUGGCCUACAGUCCGUGCUCCGAGCGCUUCACAGUCGGUGAGCGGACUUUGAGUCGCCAGUACGCCCAUAUUUACGCAGCACGGCUCAUGCAGAUGAGGCCCUUGCUCUCAGAGAGAGCUCAGCAGAAGUGGGGAUCAGAUGUGCUCAUCAGGAAACUGUGUGAUCUCCAGCCAGGGGAGCAGUGUUGCAUUGUGGGAACAUUGUUCAAGCGCAUGGAAUUGCAGCCAUCUAUUCUGAAAGAGAUCAGCGACGAGCACAACUUGCUGCCUCAGCCUGCAAGAGCCAAAUACAUUAGUGAAACAGAUGAGCUGAUUCUGGAGGAUGAGCUACAAAGGAUCAAACUGGAGGGCAAAAUUGACCGAGACAAGUGUGUCACAGGUAGUGUCAUUGCAAUAUAUGGUGCUGAGAAGAAUGAUGGGAUGUUUACAGUUGAGGAAUUUUGCAUGGCUGAUCUUCCGCCACAGACACAAAGGCCUGCGCUCACUUCUGACAGCUUCGUGCUGCUGGUCUCAGGACUUGGCCUAGGCAGUAGUCAAGCGGACAGCAUGCUGGGGCUGCAGUUGCUGGUUGACAUGGUAACUGGUCAACUUGGGGACGAGGGGGAGCAGAGUGGGGCAGCAAAGAUUUCCAGGGUCCUUCUAGCUGGAAACCUCCUGAGCCAAAGCACCCAGGACAAGGAUGCAUCAACAAAGCCCAAGUACCUUACCAAGAAGACUCAGGCUGGCAGCGUGGAGGCCAUUCGUCUUUUGGAUGAGCUGUUGUGUCAGCUGGCGGCCUCAGUUCCAGUGGAUGUUAUGCCAGGCCACCACGACCCCACCAACUACACCCUCCCUCAGCAGCCGUUCCACCGCUGUAUGUUCCCCUUGUCCUCAGUGUAUCCCACACUACAGUUGGUCUCAAAUCCACACCAAGCCAACAUUGAUGGAGUGAGGUUCCUGGGUACAUCAGGCCAGAAUGUCUGCGACAUUCAGAGGUACAGCAGCAUGGACAGUCACUUGGAGAUACUGGAGGACACGCUACGACUUCGACAUCUGGCCCCUACAGCACCUGAUACUCUGGGUUGUUACCCAUUUUACCAAAAAGACCCUUUUAUCUUGGAGGAGUGUCCACAUGUUUACUUCAGUGGCAACGCCCCAACCUUGGAUUCCAAGCUCCUCAAAGGUCCUGAUGGUCAGGAAGUCCUUUUGGUCACAAUUCCACACUUCAGCAGCACCCAAACUGCAUGCCUUGUCAAUUUACGCACUCUUGCAUGUGAGCCAAUCAGCUUCUCGGCCUUCUCUGCUGAUGACGAUGAAGAAAGUGAGAUGAAUGUCAGCCACUGAGGAUCUAUAUCGCAUGCAGUACAACAUGCUUUCACUUUUGGACAAUAUUGAUGAGUUAUGACUAAUUUCUGAGGAGUCGUAAAAACAUUAGGUCAAGAGCUACAGCUCUUGUUUUACUGAUACUGUUCAGUAUCGUAAUGGUCAAUAAAAAGCUGUAUUGACUUCCAAGGUUA